AGGGUGCCACGAUGACACUUACCAGGGGCACCUAACCUAACUUUAAGGGGUCAAGGAAGGUAAUCUCAACGCUGAGAAGUAGAAUCCUUACAGAGAUUUGAGGAGGAGGAAACUGAGGAUUUCACAAAUUGGAAAUUUGCUGAAGCUCUGUCGAGAAACCCAUUAGAAGAUUCAAAAUUUUUCAAGGAUUUGAACUUGAAAGCAACUGUCCAGAAGCUGGAUUUGAGAUUUGAGAUUUGCUGUUGAUUUUUGAGACCAAGCAUCAAGGGACUCGAUUGUAAAACCACACGUUUUAAUUUUCUAGGCUGCAGCAUUCUAAAUUACAGCCGCUUCGUCACUUGCAGUUUAAGGACUAAAAUUCCUUGAAACCCUUGCAAACUGUGCGUGGCGGCGUGGGAGGCGCGCAGCACUUCGGGACUUGUAGUCUGAGGCGGACUCCAAGUCCCAUGGUGCCGUGCGGCGGGUCGUCGCGCCUGCGCAGUGAGGGCGGCGGGGAGCGCAGAGUGCGAGGCUCUUUUGUUCAGCAGAGGGGAGGGCGGUUGGCCGGGGCCUGCGGUACGCCGCCUCAGUGGGGGGCUAGACAGCGGUCACCCGGCUUGUUGCUUUUCUGGUCGCCACUCCCCCGGCCGGCCCGACGCGACGCGCCAGUAGCGCGGCACCGAUUCCUCUCGGGCUCGUGGGCGCUGCUCUGAGCAGCGUCACCCUUUAUACCAGAAAGCUGGCGGGCACUAUGGGGAAAAAACAAAACAAGAAGAAAGUGGAAGAGGUGCUAGAAGAAGAGGAAGAAGAAUAUGUGGUAGAAAAAGUUCUUGACCGCCGAGUGGUAAAGGGCAAAGUGGAGUACCUCCUGAAGUGGAAGGGGUUCUCAGAUGAGGACAAUACAUGGGAGCCAGAAGAGAACCUGGAUUGCCCUGACCUCAUUGCUGAGUUUCUGCAGUCGCAGAAAACAGCCCAUGAGACAGAUAAAUCAGAGGGAGGCAAGCGCAAGGCUGAUUCUGAUUCAGAAGAUAAAGGGGAGGAGAGCAAACCAAAGAAGAAGAAAGAAGAGUCAGAAAAGCCACGAGGCUUUGCCCGGGGGUUGGAGCCGGAGCGGAUUAUUGGAGCUACAGACUCCAGUGGAGAACUCAUGUUCCUGAUGAAAUGGAAAAACUCUGAUGAGGCUGACCUAGUCCCUGCCAAGGAAGCCAAUGUCAAGUGCCCACAGGUUGUCAUAUCCUUCUAUGAGGAAAGGCUGACGUGGCAUUCCUACCCCUCGGAGGAUGAUGACAAAAAAGAUGACAAGAAUUAACUCUCCUGAGUACCAGCCCCUGUCACAUCUGACUGUGGGUUUCGAGUGGGGAAAGAAGCAGUUCUACUUGUCUUGACACCAUAGAGGUGGCUUGAGAAGAUGUCCUUUGAAGAGCCAGUAUAGUUUCUGUGCCCUACAGCAGCCCAAGUGCUUUAAAGCCUUUCCAUGCUGUAUAGUUUGCACACCCAUCCCGGUGGAGGGGAAGGAGGGUCAGUGUUUCAAGGCAACCCAUUCUGAACUUUCCUGAAAAAAGCAAAGGGCCUUCUAUGAAGGACAAAACUUGCAGAAUGGGGUGUGGGAGAGCAAAAGAUACUAUAGAUCUUCAAAGAGCAUCUCCACAACCCACAGCCUUCUUCCCAAUAGUGUUAACUCUGCAUUUUUACAGCGUAGCAUGUGUGUAGUUUUUGGCUAUUACAGGUGUAUUAUUUGGGGUGGGAGGGAUGGGGUGGGAAGGAAGGGAGGAUCAUUUUUGUUAAAAUUUUGGGGCCUGAUCGGGGAAGUGGUGAAACAGAGGAGAGAACAACUAAUGAUGAUUUGGUUCUGUGCCCAGAAUAUUUUAUCCCUUCAAAAAAUGUCAUUGGCAGCCUAAAUGAGGACUGUGAGAGACUUUAAAAGCUGUGAAUGCCUGAAACUCAUAAGCCAAGGUGUUCCCUGCCUGAGCUUAAUGCUGUUCCCAACAAAGGACUAAGCCGGUGAAGAAGUUACCAAAGCUGCCAUUUGGGGGAUGGAAACUCGUUGAGGAGGAAAAAUGUUCUUGGAGUGAAUACACAGGCAGAUCGUUCUGCCUUAGAGGUGCUAAUUCUUGAAAUUGACAAGGAGACCCUUUCUUUUCUACUUACGAAGUUACAGAUAUCAGCUUGUCCAUCCAAGCCACUGGCUGAGGUAUUUGGGGAGGGGGCAGAGGGCAGUCUAGGAAGUAGGAGAGUAGGGAAAGACAAGGGCCUGUGCUCUUAAGAGUGGAAAAACUCUUGAAGCCUCUGUUUUUUGAACUUUGAUCUCUGAAACCAUUGGUGGCAGGGUUCAGUCACCGACAGCACAAGUUCCCUGAAUCACUUCAAGAGUAGAACAGUUUCAAAAGCCCUGGUCUCAGGAGAAGAUUAAAUUUUCAUACUGGGGCAGCGGUUUACUUUAAAACAAAACAAAACAAAAGUUUGGGUUGUUUUUAAUCCUAAGAAUUAACCAAUACCCAAAAUGCUGUCUUGAAUCAUGAGAUCCAUCAGUUCUUGACAUCGUCUAGACCUGCAUCUAGAACGCCAUUGUAAAAUCUUCUUAGGCAUGUGUUAGGGUUCUGUGACAACUUUGUUUAAAUGUAAACUUCAUACCAACACUGUCAGUUUUUGUCUUAAUAAAACUAUAGAUUUAUAAUCCUUGA